GUGUUGGCGUUCAUUCUUUAACUGUUAUUACAGGGAAGACUGAGAAACUACAAUGGCCAGGACCAAGCAGACUGCCCGUAAAUCCACCGGAGGCAAAGCUCCCAGGAAGCAGCUGGCCACCAAGGCUGCCCGCAAGAGCGCACCGGCCACCGGUGGAGUGAAGAAGCCUCAUCGUUACAGGCCCGGUACUGUGGCUCUCAGGGAGAUCCGUCGCUACCAGAAAUCUACCGAGUUGCUCAUCCGCAAGCUCCCUUUCCAGCGCCUGGUCAGGGAGAUCGCUCAGGACUUCAAGACUGACCUGCGAUUCCAGAGCUCCGCCGUCAUGGCUCUGCAGGAGUCCAGCGAGGCCUACCUGGUCGGCCUCUUCGAGGACACUAACCUGUGCGCCAUCCACGCCAAGAGGGUCACCAUCAUGCCCAAAGACAUCCAGCUGGCCCGCCGCAUCCGUGGAGAGCGCGCUUAAAAUGCCUUGAGACUCGAAUAACACAACGGCUCUUUUAAGAGCCACAUA